AUGAACUCGGACGUCUUUUAUAUGAUGCAGAGGCCAGGGGCCGUAACAGCUCUGAAGCUGGCUUACCUGGGCUGGGCCUACCAGGGCUUCGCUGUUCAGGACAACACGGACAACACGGUGGAGGCCAGGCUGUUUGAAGCGCUGCUGAAGACACGACUGAUUCAGGACCGACAGAGCUCCAACUAUCACCGCUGUGGUCGAACUGAUAAAGGAGUCAGUGCUUUUUCUCAAGUUAUAACCAUUGACCUGCGCUCCUCCCAGUUUUGUGGAGGACUUGGCGUAACCCUCCCUGAAAAUCUCGAUCUCGGCACCAAAUCAAAAGCUUCCACCUCUGAGCUUCCAUACGUGAAGAUGCUGAAUAGAGUUUUGCCGCAGGACAUUCGGAUCUUGGACUGGGCAGCCGCAGAGCAAGGUUUCAGUGCGCGUUUCGACUGCCAGUCCCGCACGUACCGCUACUACUUCCCCCGAGGGUCGUUGGAUGUAGAGCUGAUGGGAAAUGCUGCAAAACGAUACGAAGGAACGCAUGACUUUCGCAACCUGUGCAAAGUGGACGUGGGGAACGGGGUCCUGCAGUUUGAGAGGACCAUCUUGUCUGCCUCAGUCAGGCCUUUGCAGCCCCAGCAGGUUUCCAGCACAGAGCAAUAUGAUCUGUUUGUGUUUGAGAUCAAAGGUUUAGCCUUCCUCUACCACCAGGUACGUUGCAUGAUGGCGGUGCUUCUUUUGAUAGGACAGAAGCUGGAAGCUCUGGAGAUAAUCAGUCAACUGCUGGAUGUUGAGAAAAACCCCAGAAAGCCUCAAUACAGCAUGGCAGUGGACUACCCUCUGGUUCUGUACGACUGCCACUUCGAUGGUUUAACCUGGCAGCAGGAGGCGGAGGAGGUUAGCCACGUCCUGUCAUCACUACAGCGACACUGGACGCAGAGCGCUGUCAAAGCCCAGGUUCUGCUCGGGAUGAUCCGGGGUUUGGAGGAGAGAGUUCAAAUGCUGCGGCGCCGACACUUACACCGACUGGUCCAGAAGUGUGGGCUGGGGAAACCAUGAAGCCGUGCCAGAUUCCUGCUGCCCGGAGAAGAGAGAAGGUUGUGGACAUGACAAGGAAAAAGCUCACAGAAAGGGAUGUAUCUCAGCUUUAAAGCUCUUUCUGUUGAAGAAUCUGGUGUGGGUCGGCGGUGUUUGCAUUGCUCUUGGAAUCACAGAGGUGUUUGGCGUGGUAGUCGGAGUGUGCCUCUGCCUGGACAUUAAACGCAAAAAUUACGAGAAUGUCGACUAAUUCAUCAUCACAACCAUCUUUACACAUCAACAAACAAACUUGUUUGAUCAUAAUAUACAUUUUUGUUUUAUGUGAUUAUAUGCUCAAAAACAUUCUCCUUACUUAAACCUCUAGGUUUAAGCUCAAUAAAGAACCUAAAAAAAAUUUCGAUCCAUAUUCUAUGUUAAUUUUAAACUGUUUACCUGUUAGUUCUUUCUAAGAACAGAGCUCAAAUCAAUAGGUUGUACAGGUUAAAGGUUAUUGGCUCUUUGAAUUAAUCCAUUCAUAUGAUGAAUUAGCCUACUUAGCAAAACAAAGUCAGAGAUGGUGGGAGAUGUCCGAGUUAAAUGCAGAGCAAUAUUGGAAGACAUUUUUUUCAAAUCUUAAAAAAAAAAAAAAAGAAGAACAAUUUGAAACUUGGCCAAAGGUUCACCGCUUAGGAUGCUUCUAACCAGCAGAAACAGGGAGGCUGGGCACAGAUGACGUAGCUAAAUAAAGGACAAUACAGGAAGAAAACUUGUUAAAAGCAACACAAGACCUAACCCUCCUGUUGUGUUCGUUUCUAGGGUGUUUGUGGGUCAAUUUGACCCGGGGAGUGUUUAAUCAUGCAAUAGUGUCAGAAACCAAAAAAGUCCUCCAAAACAUUUUUGUAUCUGAUUAUUAACUCCAAUACGGUUCCUCUCCUGAUCCAUUCUGUCUGACAUACAGCAGCACACUGCGCCACGACGGACACUUUUCUUUUUUUUUUUGUCUUUCGAUGUACACAGUAUCCGUCCUAACUGAAAUUGUUCAGCUUAUAAUGGCGUCUUUUUUCUCACGUCUGUAUUUUUAAAAGCGUUUUUGCUUCUUAGGACAUGGAAUCGGGUCGAGGACGUUUUAAAAAGACGCGGGUUGAUAGCAGCUCACCGCGGCUGCGUAGUGUCCGUCUCUAGGCAACCGUGACGUUCAGCGUCGGUCCGUAGCGUUCAGGGUUCCUUUAGUUCCCACCACGACAAUUUAGCUGACCUUAAUAUUUCCUGUGUUUUAUUUUGGUCAUUAUUGUUAAACUUAGUGCUGAUGUGUGUAUGAUAGGCGUUUCUAUAGGACAGUUAUGUAUCGGUUCAAUACGGGACGCACAUUUAACGGCCAAAUAUGGGACGACUCCGUAUUUUACGGGAAGGGUGGCAACCUGAUUCAUACAGUUUUAGGGGUAGGCCUAGGUACGCCACUUUCAACCAGUUAGCCCGUUUCCUCUUUUUCUGUUUUCGGGCAGAAUGUUUCCUUUUGACCGUUGGUCCUCGCACCCGGCUGUGCCAGUCCAUUGUCCUCCCAAGUGCGGAUUUCAGUCUUGGUGAUAUGUUACCAGCUGAACUGGUCCAAUAACCAUCAGCUAAGCCGAACUGCAUUCAGCCAUAAAGUUUGUUUUUAUUCAAACUUGAGCAAUUUUCUAGUUGUUCUGCUGAGGUACUGAUAUCCGUUUGUGACAUCAUGCACAUUGACGUCACAAAGAGUGACGCUCUCUUUGUGGAGUUACGCUGUUCAGCUUAUAGUGCUGAACAUUAUAAGCAUCGCAUCAUAACCAUUGCAGAAGAGAGAGAGCGAGCAAGCAAAAGGAUCGUCUCCUAUCAAGAGAUUGAAAACGAAGGAUUUUCCAGAUAAAACGGCAAAUCCUAACAAACAAAAGAAAACAUUAAGCAGUUUUUGGAUUGUCCAGAUAAAAAGUAUCAACAAUGAAUCAGAGCAAUAAGGCAUCGACUUCUGAUUCUGGGAAUGAAAAACUAGCUAGAGAGACACAGAAGCUCCAUGAUCUCUUGAAAGAAGUCAACUUGAUUUCAGCUGAAAGACAGUCGCUGAUUAAAGCCAACGAGGACUUGAAGAUUCAAGUAAUAAACUUAGAAAAAGCUGCACUUGUAAAAGACAAACUGCUUUUGGAGAAAGACGAGGAAUUAAAAAAACUGUUAGACAGAAACAGAAUUUUAAAGGAGGAUAACAUACCGAAGCAGGAAAACACCUCUCUGGGGCAAAGAAACACAGACUUGGAGCAGAAAAACAUCGAUAUGAAGCAACAAAAAGUAUCAACAAUGACUCAGACCAAUACAGCGUCAUUUUCUGAUUCUAGGAGUGAAAAAAUACAACAGAGUUUAGCUAGAGAGACACAGAAGCUCCAUGGCAUCUUGAAAGAGGUCAACACGAUGUCCAUUGAGAGACGGUGUCUGAUUAACACAAAUGAGGAGUUAAAGACUCAAGUCAUGAGCAUUGAAAAAGCUGCAGUGGAAAUACACAAGCUGCUUCAAGAGAAAGAAGAGGGAUUAAAACAACUGUUCAAUGAAAACAGAACCUUAAAGGCAAAUAACACCACAUUAAAGCAGAUCAACACUGCCUUGGGUCAAAGAAACACCACCCUGGAGCAGGAAAAUACAGUCUUAGACCAGAAAAUUACCAUCCUGGAGAAGAAAAACACUGCCCUGAAGCUGAAAAGCAGCGCUCUAGAGCAGAAAAUGAAUGUACUGGAAAAAGAAAAGACUGCCUUGGAGCAGGAAAACACCAUCUUGGACCAGAGAAUCAGUAGCCUGGAAGUGGAAAACACCACCCUGGAGCAAGAAAGUAACAUCAUAGGAGAGGACAACAUCAUUCUGCUGCAGAUGGUCCUUGUUUUGCAGGAGACAAAUCGCGUCUUGCAGCGGAGAAACCAAGACUUGGAUCGGGAAAAAAUAAUUUUCGAGGAAGAGAACAACGAGCUGGAGGAGCAGAACACCUACCUGAAUCUGAGAAGAAGGACCCUGGAGCAUGAGAAAUCCGUCCUGAUGCUCUCAAUCACUUCUCUGGAGGUGAAUAGCACCACCCUGGAGCAGAGGAGCACAAACUUAGAGCAGGAAACAAAUACCCUAACAAUGGAAAACAUCACCCUGAGGCAAAAACACACCACCUUGGAGGAGGAAAAAAGCGCCCUUAAGCAGGAAAACACUGCCCUUAAGCAGGAAAACACUGCCCUUAAGCAGGAAAACACCGCCCUAAAGCUGGAAAGCACCGCCCUGACGGAUAUAAACACCGCCUUUGAGGAGGACAACACCGACCUGCAGCCUGAAGUGGAACAGCGGAACCAGCAACCAUCUGAAGAGGAGAGCCACGAAGGCAGCCAGUCGCUUUCAGACCAGCCACAGAGGCAGCCGUCGGUAUUCAGACGUGUGAUGAAUACGCUUCAGUGCCUGAGAGUGCCAAAGAGGCGCUUGAAAGAUGGCACAUCUAAAUAAAGAAGUGUCAUGAGGGCUCCAAGCUUCAUGCUUGAUUAUAUGUGGCAGAAAAGCUUGAGGACAACAGGACUUUUUUGGUCAGGGGAGCUGGACACUUGGGGGCCGUUGGCAGAAGAGCUUAACGCUUGAAAGUUGUUGGCAGGGGAGGCAGGGCUUCGUAGCGAGUCUUGUUGG